GCAGCGGAGCGGUGGCGCGCGAGGCGACGCCGAGUCAGGCCGAGCCGAACCGAGCGGAGCCGAGCGCAAGCUCGAGCGAGGCCGAAGCCGAAGCUGAAAUCGUGGGCAAAAGCGAAGGAAGGCUCGGACUUUGGGCUCGGCGCGGUAGCGCUGGCUAGCGAGCAGGCGGGUAGCGUAUUCGCGAGCGGACGAGAACGUGCGCGUGUCGUCUCAAGUUAAUAAUCGACCGCUGUCGUUUCGGUCGAACGACGGAGAACUACAUUUACUUUUUUGAGACGGGUGCGCGUCUUCCCGGCUGAUAGCGCGCGUGUUACCGGCCGUGUAUGGACGACGGCACGCGUGCACGAGUCGAGGAGGAAAAAGCCCUGGAUUCGUCUCGCCUGCGAUCCUCCGCUCGGCUCGGCUUCGCGAGCUCCUCCUCGACCGGCAACCCUCGUAUCACCAGGCGCAAGAGGAGGAAGAGGAGAAGGCAGCAACGACGAAACAGUAACGCCGACGACGAGGACGAGCUCGUCGUCGUCGGUGGCAUAGACACCGUUGACGAAACCGCCGACGCGACUUUCGCGAUCGAGGAAGAACCGAACCAACAGUCGGGCGUAUCGGCGAUUCCCAGCGAGGAACCGAGCAAGCAACAAAAAAAUCGGCUCGUUCACAACACCAACGAAUCUCAACGAAACGUAUCCAGAGGAAGCGGCACGCGCGCGGCUGCUUCCUCCCUCAAUUCCGGCAUCACGCUGCUCAACCGUCGAUCCGCCGGCAAGCGAUCGUCCAGGAGAUGCAACACGAGCGCCCGUAGGAACGCGAUGACGAUGGAUCUCCAGAGACUGAUCACCGAGGUGCACGCCAGGCCCGCGAUCUGGGACCAGAAGAACGUCAACUAUCACAAUCGCGACGUCAUCCUGAAGAUGUGGCGGGAGAUCGCGAGGGCUUGCGAGGUCUCCACGGACGUCGCGAAAUCGAAAUGGAAGCACCUACGGGACAAUUUCCGAAACGAGUUGAAGAAAACUUACCGAGGGAAGUGCGACGGUGGCGCCAACGAGCACGACUCGAAGUGGGUUUGGUUCAAGAGCCUGUUCUUUCUGCGGGAUCAAAUGAACUCACGCGUGAUCGGUUGCACGCUUUCGCAAAAUUGCACGGCUGCGCUUCGAUCAUCGCCGGACGAGACGCAAAUCGAGCCGCAAAUAGACAUUCUAGAAGGCCACGAGGAGACACAAUUCGACGAUCUGGACGGCGAUUCGUGCCAGUCCCUUCUAUCGAACGACGAUGGCCUGCAUCAGGUUAUGCCCCCGCCUAAGAUAAACAAAAUCGGUAGAAAGAGGACCCUGAUGGACGCGAUCGACAACGAUUAUUCCGAGGUGGACCGUAAGAGGUACGAGUCCCUUCAGAAGAGAUUGAGCAUAUACCAGGAGGAAGAGGACGACACCUAUCAUUUCCUCAUGAGCGUUCGAACCCCUCUAAAGAGUUUGCCGCUCGAUCGACAGAUGUUCGUUAGAUUAAAGAUACAGGAGCUCGUUUACAACGAGAUCAAUUCUCAGAACCAGCAGAGUCGAACGUACGAGGGCUCGCAGGACGUGAAGCCACUGAGAACCGGAAACGCGACCGGAGUCGCUGUGGUUGGAUCGGGACCGGGUCCAGGACCUGGCGGAGGCAUCGCCGAGUCUGUUAUUGCGGCAGGGGGACAAGCUAUCGGCGACAUGUCCAACCCGGCGUCGUUGCUUCAAAACUGCACGACAGAGGGCUCCAGUGACGAUGCCUACUUCGGCUAA